UUAUGGUGGCGGAGUGAGGCCUGGUCGCGCAGCGCGGGCGGGCGCCGCGGGUAGUCAAAAUGACCACAGCAGCAAGGCCAACAUUUGAACCUGCAAGAGGAGGAAGAGGAAAAGGAGAAGGAGACUUAAGUCAGCUAUCCAAGCAAUAUUCCAGCAGAGAUCUUCCUUCUCAUACAAAAAUCAAAUAUAGGCAGGCCACACAGGAUGCUCCGGAGGAGCUUCGCAACCGUGACUUCAGAAGGGAGCUGGAGGAGAGAGAACGGGUUGCUGCCAGAGAGAAGAACAGAGACAGACCGAACAGAGAACAUACAACAUCAUCCUCUGUGUCCAAGAAGCCUCGGCUAGAUCAAAUUCCUGCUGCAAAUCUUGAUGCUGAUGAUCCACUUACAGAUGAAGAUGAUGAAGAUGAAGAUCUGGAAGACAGCGAUGAUGAUGACACUGCAGCUCUUCUGGCUGAACUAGAAAAAAUCAAGAAAGAGCGAGCUGAGGAACAGGCUCGAAAGGAACAAGAGCAAAAGGCUGAGGAGGAGAGGAUUCGAAUGGAGAACAUUCUGAGCGGGAACCCGCUGCUGAACCUGACGGGCCCCGCGCAGCCCCAGGCCAACUUCAAAGUGAAGAGGAGAUGGGAUGAUGACGUUGUCUUCAAGAAUUGUGCCAAGGGAAUAGAUGAAACAAAAAAGGACAAAAGAUUUGUGAAUGAUACCCUGCGAUCAGAAUUUCACAAAAAGUUCAUGGAGAAAUAUAUCAAGUAGUACAGUUUUAUGUGCUUUGCUGCUGAAGGACUUGGAAGGUCGGAGUUGUUUCUCCCUCUCCCUCAGAAUUCAUGGCUGUAGUCAUGAAUUCCCAAAUGAUUUUCCAAGAUCAUCAACGGCUUCAUAAUUAAUUGCUGUGUUUGUCUGAGGUGUUUUAUUCUUUCAGUAAGCUUUCCCUUUUGAUUUUAAUUAAACCUUUGUGUUUCCUGAACGUUUUUGUUGUUGGUAUGAGUUUGCUUUUAACAGCCUUCAUGUAAAUGGUACAAGAGAGAAUCUGGUUUGCAGUAAAUACUUCCAGCUGUUUUMAUUGUUUUCCAAAACAAUCAGUAUUUGUAAUUCUGGUGGUUUGUAACUCAUGCAAAUUAUAUAAAGGUGAAUAUUACCAAGAUAGGGAAUAGCAGAGUAUGACAAAUUGUWUGACCUGAGAAAACCUGCAGUUUCUGUGCUAAACUGGACUUGUCUCUCUUUUACAGCUAGUCRGAAAGUUAAUGGUCUUCCUCUCUAGUUGCUUCUUUCUCAGCAACCAAGUUGCGCUUUGGUGAGUUGAAUUUCUGACCAAGAAUUUGGAGUCAACCUCUGGAGCUCUUGCCUGGCUCUGAGGAGAUGCAGGGUGAUGUGUGGGAAAGCCCCACACCGAGUGGGGAGUGCUGCUCUCUGGAACCAGGGAGGGUUUCUYCCUCUUUGAAACCCACUCUGGUGCCAGCCCACCAGCCACAACCACRAGGCAGUAACGCUCUGCCUGUUGGAGUUUGUUUCAGGGCUAGAAACUCAGAGUCUGCUCAUGAGGGCUUUUAUUAAAUGGUUUUUCUCCUCAAGAUACUGCAGUACACUUCAGUUUCUCUUCUAAAAUGUCCAUUUUAACACAUAAUAGGAUAAUAUGAAAUAUCGAAAAAAUGGGGUUAUUGUGUUGUACCCAUCUGCUCCAACACUUUCCCAGGACCUCUGGUCCGUGUGACAGGCAGCUGCCAACAGAACCAGCGCCCAGCUGCUGCAGGAGGCAACGUGGAAGAAAGUCAGGUCGGUGCUUCCAGGAACGUAACGACCUUGAUUGCAAACAGUGUGAAAUGGUUCCUCCUCCUGUGCUGGUGUUGUUUCUGUGCUUGAUGUUACCUUAACAGCAGUUUCCCCAUUUUUCAAGGUUAUCCUUGGUGUAUCCUCAGCAUCACAGUAGCCUUUGCACUGGAAAACAGGACCGUCUGUAUGGAGUAAGAGGUAAACUUCUUUCAAAAAAGAAGGCUUUUUUACAAAGCACCAUCUCAAAAUUAUAUUUGGAGCCCAAUAUAGUUAUGAAGGGUUAGCAGU